AUGAAGGCAUUAGUGCUCACCCUCCUCUUCCUCUUCAUUGCAGCCAAUGAAGCCAUACAAUACAGUAGAUGUGGACUGGCUUCAAUUCUGAAACGAAAUGGCAUGGAUGGCUAUUAUGGCUACAGUUUGGGCAUCUUAGCAAAUUGGAUCUGUAUCGCUUAUUACGAGAGCAGAUACAAGAGCGGAGCUGUGGGGCCAUGCAACUCAAAAGGCAGUCGCGACUAUGGGAUUUUCCAGAUAAACAGCCGUUGGUGGUGCAACAAUAACGAGGGCCGUACAGCUAACGGCUCUCAAAAGCCUUGCAGUGCUUUCACAAAUGAUGACAUCACAGAUGAUAUUGCUUGUGCUAAGAGAAUUGUGCGUGAUCCCCAAAGGAUGAAUGCCUGGGUUCCCUGGAGAAACAACUGCAAAGGAAGAAAUCUGUCAAAAUGGACCAGUGGGUGCAGGCUCUGAAUGUGAUGAUCCUUCAUUUCUCUUUCUCCUCCUGUCAUGAAAACAAUAUUAUUCCUUAUAUAACCACACUGAGCAGUUUGAUUCUAUG